AGGAUUUUCCUACUAGGGAUCUGUGCAAACCCUCUUUUUCUGAGGUGCAAAGGCAUGCAUAGUGGAAGUUUGAAAUCAACAUAAGAGCAUUAUUUCUAGUAAAAAUUUCAGGUUCUGAAAUUGGGAAAUGGCUGCUACUUUGAUGCGAUCCAUAUCAUUUCCUGAUGCUGGUUUUGGCGAGAAUGACCAAGAUCCAAAUUCAGCACUUCAAGAGUUAGAUCGAGGCUUGAAAUCCAGCAAUGUUGGUGAGCAGUGUGAGGCCAUCUCCAGGUUUCCUUGCCUGUUUGAGAAAUAUCCCUUCCCUAUUCUCAUCAAUUCUGCUAUGCUGAAGCUGGCUGAGGUCUUCCGUCAAGAAACGGCAGGGAGCAAUUUUGUGCGUGUCUGUGUAUGUGAGGUUCUCGAGACCAGCAGUCGCCAUCUCGAUAAACUCAUCAAUGUGGAUGAAUUUUUGAGACGUAUUACCACCGUGAUGCACUCCAAUGAUCCAUUAGCACGAGCCCUGACAUUGCAAGCCUUGGGGUUGCUGUGUGGGGUUGUUGGGGAGGCCAAGCAGGUUCAGCAUCUUGUGAGGGAUGCUCUCGACGCCUCACACUCCCUCGAACUGCAAGCUGCCAUUGCUGCUGCAGAAAAAUAUGCUGCUGUAUCUAAAACGUUUGCAGUGAGCAUGUGUGAGCGCCUGACUCAGAUGCUGAGUGCGCUCUCAACUCCUGUUGAGGUGAAGCUCCAGCUCAUCAAAGUCUUCCAGCACAUGCAUCAUGACGCAGAAACUGCUGCUACUGUGCGAGGAGUGUGCCUACAGCUGUUGGAGCGCUACCCCACCCAGCGCGUGGUGAUCACAACGCUGCAUGCCCUCACUCAGCUCGCUGCCCACUGCCUGGUGCACAUCCCACUCCAGGUUGACCUGGUGUUGCUGUGGGUAUCAAAGGAGAGCCGGGCUGGUGUGCGCAGUGCAGCACUACGGGAGCUUCGUUACCUGGCCUCAGCUGCGCCUCACGCCUGGUCCUCGGGUAACGUGGCCUCGCUGGUCGCCUUCACCCGAGCUGCUCGCACUGAUGCUGCCAAAGAGCCUGACGCUGCCCUAGCAGCAGGAGUAGCAGGUCUUAACUUGAGGGGGCCUGACGAGGCUGGUGAUGGCAGGGACUCAGAGCACGACCUCACCACGGCCGCUGCCCUCAACGUCCUCGUGACACUCACCUCUGCUCCAGCGCUGCCGCAUCUCAAUCUCAGUGCUGAUUGUGAACUUGUGAAACUCAGCCGUGAAUUUGUCUAUGAUGCCAACGUCACCAUUGCCAGCAUUGCCUUGCAGCUCUUCACCAACAUCGCCCUGUACAUGAACGAAGAACGAUGCGACGCCAAGCCCGGGGGCAGCAGGGCGGGUGGGGCGGACGCUGCUCACAGCGUUGCAGUUUGUGGUGACGCUCUGGACGCGGGCGUGGCGCUCCUGCACACCCUGGCCCACCAGACACACGCUGCACCCACCUCGCCUACUGCCCACCUCUGCUUCAAAGUGCCCUUAGUGAGUGCCUUCUGUGAGGCAGAGCUGUGCAGCCUCGCGGUGUGUGAGGCGCUGGCGUCGCUGGGAGGCAGCAAGCGCGGGGUGCUGACACCCCACAUCCCUGCCCUCCUGUCAUACCUGCAGACCUGCACCCCUGCCUCCCCUGCCUCUACACGCCUCACU